UUUCAAAAAUGGAUGAGCGUGUCAAAGUUCAAUGUGAAAUUUGUAAUAUGGUUCUUCCUUAUGCCAGAAUGCCCAUUCAUCUCAAAGAAUGCAGAACAAUUCGAACUUUUCCGUGCAGUCUCUGUCCACGAUUCUUCCAGUCACAAGCAGGUGUGAAUAGACAUCAAGGUCAAGUGCAUUCAGCGGAUGAACGAGGAACUGCUUUUCGUUGCCAUCAUUCUGAUUGUAACUUUGGCACAAACACUGAACAGUCUCUUAAAAACCAUUUGAAUUUGCACAUUACCGGAUUUCGCCGUUCUCUUUCGCGUUCUCGUUCACGCUCUCAUUCUCGUCAACCUGGUGGAAAUCAAUAUUCUCAACCUGAGCCUGAACAAAUAGAUCAACAACCGACGGAACAGCCACAACAGGAGAAUCAGCAACCACCUUUAAUGGAGGAAGUGCAAAAUCAUGUUAUGGGACAAAAUGAUGUUCCGUUACAAGAUGAUGUUCCGAAGGUUGGUGCUAGAGCUACUCCAAUUCAUAUGGAUAAUAAUAUUGAACAAUCUCGUGAAGAUUUGGCUGAAGAGGCUCCAGCUUGUUCUGUAGCAUCUGGGACUGAACCUCCUCUUGGUAUUUACGAUCUCCGUCUUAUUGAUCCAACUAGAGCUCGAUUGAUUAUGGCCGAAGAACAAAGGGAUUUGGAUGAUAUUGUUCGGAAUUUGAGAGAGAACAACCACCAAUUACGUCGAUAUUGCGAGAAUCAUGGUAUUGGUAUACUUGAACAUGAUAUUAUCGGAGAACAAAUUGAAGGUUUAUUUAAAGGGUCUUUUGAUCUAAUUUAAGCUAUUUUUCAAUCUUUUCGGUCAUUUUAUUCUUGAUUAUCUCUAAGUUCUCUUAAUUUGUUCUUCUCUGUAAUUAGGCUAUAUUCGGUCUCUCUUUAAUUUAAAAACUAGAUUGGUAAUAGUUAAGUUUGUGUUGUGCCUUUUUUCUUUCUUGAUAAUGUACAUAAUGGUCAGACUUCCGAAUUUUG